AAUUUCAUAAACACAUGAGUACAACAAAAGCUGAAAGCAUUUCGGGGACCGAAAUUAUGCCCGAAGGAGCUUUGAAACGCUAUUAAUCCAUGGAAACAACAUAAAAUAGAUGUUUACAGUUUCCAAUCAUUCAAUACAAGCGAACGUCGCCCGGCUUUUGGCUACAAGAUGUACAUUUUAACGAUAUUCAACGCCAUAAUUUUGCUGGUUGUAUACGUUUCAACUCGCAAGGGUGUCCAUAGCGAAUAUACAAACACAUGGGCUAUCCAAACCGACAGCGAAGCGAUGGCAAAACGGAUCGCUAAAAAGUAUAAUUUUGAAUACGGCGGAAAAAUCGGCGCAUUAGAUGGGUACUUUCUACUUAUUAAAAAGAGGGUUCCUCGUAGACGACGACGAAGGACCAUCUACGAAACUCGUAUAUUAGAUAUGGACCCACAUAUCAGAUGGAGUGAACAGCAGAAAGUUUUAAAAAGGGUGAAAAGACGCUUUAAAGAUAACAUGUAUAAAGAUCAGUGGUAUUUAGAAAACAAAGCCGCAAAAGGACACGACGUUAACGUGGUCCCCGUAUGGAAGCGAGGCAUCACAGGACGUGGUGUUGUUGUUACGAUUCUGGAUGAUGGUAUCGAGUACACUCAUCCUGAUUUGGAGGCGAAUUACGACAAGAAUGCGAGCUACGAUUACAAUGACGACGACCCCGACCCAGCGCCAAGAUAUACCACGCGAGAUCUUAAUAAACAUGGCACCAGGUGUGCGGGCGAGGUGGCUGCGGCCGCAAACAAUGAGGUAUGCGGUGUCGGCGUCGCAUACAACGCCAAAAUUGGCGGAAUACGUAUGCUGGAUGGAGAUGUUACAGACGUUGUUGAAGGCCGCUCGCUGAGUCAUGCUUACAAUCAUAUUGAUAUAUACAGCAGUAGCUGGGGGCCUGAGGACAAGGGUGUCAAGGUGGAUGGACCAGGAAAGGUGGCAAAAGAGGCGCUUAGGAAUGGUGUGAGUAGAGGACGGAACGGUAAAGGUUCGAUUUUCGUUUGGGCGACAGGAAACGGCGGUGAUUACAACGAUUACUGUAACUGUGAUGGUUAUAUCACGAGUAUUUACACGAUAUCAAUUGGUGCAGUCAAUGACCUGGGGAUAUCACCGUGGUAUGCAGAGCCAUGCCCAUCAACACUUGCGGUCACGUACAGUAGCGGCAAAAAGGGAGAAAAUGUAAAUAAGAAAAUCGCUACGACCGACCUACAUAAGGGAUGUACAAAAUCACAUACGGGAACCUCAGCGGCAGCUCCGCUGGCUGCAGGAAUAUUUGCCCUGGUCUUGGAGGCCAACCCGAAUCUGACGUGGCGUGACCUGCAACACCUGGUUGUUGAGACGUCACGUGUAACCGACGAGGGAGAUAUCAAUUGGCGCAAAAAUGGCGCUGGAUACCCGGUGAAUAAUAAAUAUGGCUUUGGCCUCUUGGACACGGACGCCUUGGUCAGACUCGCUCAGAGUAGGACUUGGAAGACUGCGCCUCCUCAACACAUCUGUCGUAGCGAGGAUAAAACAGACAAGAGAAGAAUCCAAGCGAAAAAGAUAUUUCGCUCAGAGAUAUUUACUGACGGCUGCGUUCGUGGACACACGCAAGCGUGCGUCACGAAACUUGAACACGUGAUCGUUUACAUCACACUACGUCACGAACGGCGCGGAUCUUUAGAGAUCAACCUGAUUUCCCCCUCGGGAACGCGAUCAAAAUUACUCGGUUUGCGAAAGUUUGAUCUUAGCUCGAAAGGUUUCAAACGAUGGCCAUUUAUGACCGUGUUUCACUGGGGCGAGAGUCCGCGCGGGACUUGGAAACUUGAGAUUGACAAUACGGAAGAUUUUUCAGGAUAUUUUGAACGAUGGUCCGUGAAAUUUUACGGCACUUGCUCGCACGAGCGUAAUAUUACGGAAUACGAGACUAGCACUUGUGAGAAGAAAUGUAUGCAGGGCUGCCCCGUAGACUUCGCUACAGUCUGUAAGAAUUGCGUCCAGCUUUGUGAUUGUACCAGAGGAAAAUGCACGAAGCGAUGCGGCUGGGGACUGGAAACUGACGUACAACGUAAUGAGUGUAGGAACAGUUCAAGCCCAGAACGAACUACAAAAGACAAUGGUGACGUUGGCGGGAAUAGGAAGGGAGGACCAGCAACUAGAGAAGAAAAACUACCACAAUAUGGUCUGUGGCUUCUUGUGGCAGCCGGAGUUGCCGUUGCCUUUGGUGUACUUGCAGGUGCUUGGCAGGGAUGGUUGUAUUACAAAACAAGAAAAAAGUUAAACCGCGCUCGCAAGCAAAACGAAGUUUUACGUUACCCUAUAACAGUACCUCGGAGGACAGUUGUGGAGAACUUUGAUAUCAACAGAUUAGCUGUUCAUCAGCAGCGGACUACAGCGACCAAAUUUGUUUGAUCUUUGAUUAUGUAUCAAACGUCUGAAAACAUACCCUGAAAUAUUACUGCCUAUCCAGCAGUGAGUUAACAUUUAUUCUGCAAAUACCCUCGCGUACCCGUCCUAUCCCUGGCAGCUAAAGAUGAUGUCAUGGCAACGGUUCGAAGCGCCUUGCAUGGGCAGUCUUAUUUGGGGGAAAAUUAAAAUGUGCAAAAACAGAAAUCUGUGCAUUACCUUCGACCCCUUCAAAUGACGGACAUUUUAUAAGUCGACUUUCUUUGUAACCUGAAACUCUUGAUUCAGUUGUAUUCUGUUCAUUCUCAACGCCUAAUAAAGUGUAAAAUAAAAUCUAAAAAUACUUCAAAAACAAGACAUCAUAACGCGGUUUCCUUUUUGAUCAAAAAACGUACAGAAAUUUAUUUAUUUC